AUGAGGCCCCAGACAGCAAGCACAUUUGCCGCCACUGCGCGAUGGAGCAUACAACCCGCCGCUGCUACGCCUGCAAGCGCAUGCGGAAGAGCUGCAGCGUAUAGACGGAUAUCAACACUACCAAGAACAUCGCAAGUCUCCUCCACACGCACAUCACUAGCGUCCACAUCUACACCCUCCUCCCAACGCUUCCUCCGCAGCGAAUUCUUGCCCCAAGAUGUUCUCUUCCGCACGUCAUCCGCAUACGUCCGCCACUUCUCUUCUCGGCCCGCCCUGUACGAGCAAGCGCAAAAGCAAAAAGACGUAAAGGACCAAGAGCCUGACCCCACCAAAUCAACAGCCUCCGAGGGUAGCACCUCAGAGCAGGCUGCAGGCGACCAGGCAAAGAAAGAGGGCGAGGAAGCCAAGGAGAAGAAGGACGGAGAGGAAGAAGCUGGUGAACAGAAGGAGGGCGAAGAGGGCCAGAAGAAAGAGAAGAAGGAUGCGCCCCCACCUCCACCCCACGGCGACAAGACACCAUGGCAGGUCUUCACCGAGACCUUGAAGCAAGAGUUCCAGGCCUCGAAAGACUGGAACGAGGGUACAAAGCAGUUGGGUGGUGCGCUGCACGACUUCCAGCAGAACCCAAACGUCCAGAAGGCUGGCCAGAUCUCUGAGGCUGCCAAGACAAAGACCACGGAGGCAUUGAAGGCGACGGCAUCAGCUGUUGGUCACGGUGCGGCGUGGACAUGGGACACUAUGCCCGUCAAGGGCGUUCGUGCUGCUGCGAGGGUCACUGGUACCGGACUUGAAUACGCAACUCGGCCAGUCCGACAGACCAAGGCCUUCCAAGCUGUGAAGGAAACAAUCGACGAUGGCAGCUCGUCAAGAUACGGCGGUUGGGUCGAGAAGGAAGAGCGCAGGAAGAGGCGAGAGCUGCGCGAACUCAACGAACUCCAGCGGACUGGCGGUAAACCCCUGGGCCCAAUGGAGGAGGACCCAAAUGCUGGCACAAACGUUACCCUUCACAAAGACGCCAAGUACAAGGAAGUCUGGAGAGAAUGGAAGGACAACUCCAAGCUUGCCCAAGGCUUCUUCAACAUGAAGACCGUCUACAGGGAGUCCGACAACGCCAUCAUCGAGACCGCUCGUAGCAUCUCCGACCGCAUCACCGGCUUCUUCGCCGAAAACGAGACGGCCAUGGUCAUCAAGAGGUUCAGAGAGAUGGACCCCAACUUCCAGAUGGAGCCCUUCCUGACCGAGAUGCGCGAAUACAUCCUCCCAGAAGUCCUGGACGCAUACGUCAAGGGCGACAUUGCCGUCCUGAAGGAGUGGCUAUCAGCAGCGCAAUACUCAGUAUACGCAGCGCUCAUGCAACAAUACCAGGCUGCUGGCCUCAAGUCUGACGGAAAGAUUGUCGACAUCCGUGGUGUCGACGUUCUGAACGCAAAACUACUGGAGCCAGGAGAGAUCCCCGUCUUCAUCCUCACCUGCAGAACCCAAGAAGUGCACGUCUACCGCAACGCCAAGUCCGGUGAACUGGCCUCCGGCAUGGACGACAAGGUCCAGCAAGUCACAUACGCUAUCGGUGUCACCAGGAUACCAGAAGACGUCAACAACCCCGAGACACGAGGAUGGAGGUUGAUCGAACUGCAGAAGAGUGCCAGGGAUUACUACUGA